AUGCAGCAAUAUACAUACAACGCCAGCCACGUCCACGGAAGUUGGCCAACUCCUGGCAACCCCUCUUACGGCGUCAACUCGGCUACAGGCCAGCAAACUGCUCCGAUGCAGACCGCAGGCGGGCCGUCAUAUACCGUUAAUGCGGCCAACGGAACCCAGCAUCCUUUGGGAACAGCAGCCUACGCCCCGCGAUCCCUCUAUCCCCAGCCCUACGGCACUCAGCGAAGCCCCCAGUCCCCCGCAGCCCCAGGGGAAGCGUCCUAUGAACAUCAUCCUUUUCAGUCUUCCAAUGGCCAGGAGAGCCACUCCAGUUUACCGUCAGGGAGCAUCACACAGGCGCCGUCCUUGUCCAAUGCUCCGGCCCAUGCUGAGCCGUACGGACACAGUCGAUCUUCUAUCAGCGGACCCAGCUACGGCUCUUCGUCGACUGCCCAGCCCCAGCCUGGCUUCUCCUACGCAACCCAGCACUCGCCGAGCAGCCACUCGCCCACGGGAGCGGCACCGCUUCCACGGGGUUUGGGCCAGCACCCACUCCCCUCCAUGGCGCCCCCCGGCCCCUAUCGCUCCUACCAGACUUACCAGGCACCGAUGUCAACGAUGGGCGGGCCCGUCAUGUCCAACAUUCACCAGCCCGGCAGCUCACUCUCGAUGAUUCCCGGAAUGGUUCCUCCUGGCUACGGGGGGGCCCCGGCCAUGAUGUACCCACACGCGCAACCACAAGCACAGCCUGAACGGCCAUUUAAGUGUGAUCAAUGCGUUCAGUCGUUUAGCCGUAAUCACGAUUUGAAACGUCACAAGCGCAUUCACCUUGCCGUCAAGCCAUUCCCGUGUACUUAUUGUGCCAAGAGCUUUUCACGAAAGGACGCUCUAAAGAGACACCGAUUGGUCAAGGGCUGUGAAAAUAAGAGCCACGAGACUUCUGCCGAGAACCCCAGCGCUUCAGACGAAGGGGUCCAGCGAAAUGGAGAGGCCGGCUAA